AUGUUACAUGCUUUGUCAACUGUGCUUCGUGAGGAAGGUUUUUGUGCUCUGUACAAGGGUUGGCUUCCUUCUGUCAUUGUAGUCAUAAGUUCAGGAACUAUUAUAUCUAUGUAUGCAUUUCCUAUUAAGUGUACGGAAGUAAUUCUUGGUGAUGAUAAAGAGACUGUUCUAGAAAUUUGCACUGAAUAUGACCAUUUGAAGAAAACCAAGCCAAUGGUACUCAUGUUAACAUUAAUUGAUAAAUUUGAACGGUCACUUCAGAGUUUAGAACUUUCUGCAUUCAUUAUGUUCUGUUCUGCAGGGGGUGCUACACUGGUUUAUUAUUACAUACAAAAUCCUGUUGAACUUGAUGACUGGCUUGGUGAUUUGAACCCUGAAUCUAAAGUAGUCAUAUCUGAGGCGUAUGAUGUGCCUUCACUUAGAGAUGCUAUGGUUGGAGACAUAUUUCGAUUUGAAAGGCUUGUUUCAAUAGGGAAGGAGCCACCAUGA